AUGAGCUCCCCGGAUGUGGUGUAUGUGUGGAGAAGGCCUGUCCGCCCAAAGGGCAGAGAGCGGGCUGGCGUCUGCGCGGCCGGCCCCGCAGUCCCGCGGGGACCCGACCCAGGCCCCGAGCCUGGGGAGCCUUGGAGCGGCGAGGGCGGAGGCGGCUCUCCGGACCCCGAGGGCUUCCAGUCGAAGCGGGAGAUGCUGGAAUCGCGAUGGCCAGUGCUGUGGGGCCGCGAAGGCCGAACUGGCUCCCCAGCUGACCACACGAGGGACCUCCUGGACCUGAUCGAGGAGUCUGAGGAGGCCAACCUGCAGCAGCUGACCGAACAGGACGUGCUGGGCGUCCGCAGGUACCCGUCCUCGUGGAGCUCCACUGCCUUCAAAGUGUCCACCGUGUGGACACUGCGCUUCGAGGCGAGUCCCGGCGGUCGAGGAGCGCCCGGCCAGAGCUAUGGGGAGGCGCCGACAGCUCCAGCCGGCCCUUUCCACCUCGGUGGGCCUGAAGCAGGCCGGGCCUUGGGGAAUCCUAAGAGAGGUACUAAGCGUAGGUUAAACGUGGCUGUGGAUCUCCAGUGGCGCUCCGCAGAAGGCCUGGCCUGGCUGCUGUCCGACUCCGAGUCCUCAGAUGAAUUCAGUGAGACACAGCUGAUGACGGUGAGCACUUACCCCAGAGGAGGAGGCCCGGCCAAGCCUAGCAGACCCGAGGAUCCCGGGAACACUCCCAGACACUCGAAGUUCCAAGUCAGGGAGAAUUUCCUUCACGUGACAGGCUCUUCCCUGUCCUCGGCUCCACGAGGACUCUCUUCGGUUGUGGAAAGGCAGGGCGUGGGAGAGCAGGGCAUCUCUUCCCCUAAGAAAAUGCAGAGCGUGCUGUGGGGGAAGGGGGGCAGCAAGCCCAGCUACCCGGGAGCUGCUGCUGCUGCUGCUGCUGCUGCUUUUGUUUCUGCUGCUGCUGCAGGUGGCCUGCCGCGGGUCACUCCUAGGAAGAACGGAGCCCAGGAGAAGAAAUCCGUCGUGGGAGCAUCCAAACUUGCCCUGGGGGGAACCUUCCGUUCCCGGGGGCAGCGAAUCUCGGCAACUCCCGUGGAACCGGCCACCUUCCCCCCAAUCUCUGGUAUUCCGCAGCCUGGGAAACCCGAGAGUUAUACCUUAGUGCUUUCGGGAACCAAACAGUCCAAGCACAGCGGCUCUGGGAAGAAAUCCGUGGUCAGGUGGGCAAGGGAGUCUGAGGCGGUGGCGGGAGAAGAUAAGGACCCAAGUAGAGACCCAGCCCCAAAGGGCCAAGUGAGUAGGCCAUGCUCCUCCUCUCUCCCCACUCUUCCCCCCCAAGAGCACCCAGGGCACACGUCUUCACCCAUGCUGCCUCUGUCCACCCCUCAGGGGUCAGCAUUGGGUGCCCCUCGGUCACAGGGUCAUUACGAUGCCAGAUCGGGCUCCUUUUCCUAGGGACAAACAUUAAGGUAGCACUUCG